CCCCAUCCUCUUCCUCAUCACACGCACACACAACCCCUCUCUCUCUCUCUCUCUCUCUCUCUCUCUCUCUAAAGAUUCCAUCUUUGAUUUCGUUUCUCUCUCUAGAAGGAAGGAAGGAGGUCGCCGGCGGCGAUGGGGUUCCCGUCGGUGUGCUACUGCGUGAUACUGCCGCAGCCGCUGGUGCUGGUGCUGCAGCUGCUCGACCUGCUGCGCCACGCCUUCCUGCUCUGCCUCUCCGCGCUCGGCCUCGCCGCGCCGCCGCUCCCGGACGAACACCCCGCCUACGCGCCGCCUCCGCCGCCGCCGGCGUCGAUGGCGGCCCUCCCCGCCGACCUCGUCUGGGCGUUCCAGCCCGCGCCGGAGCCGGCCGCCAUCAAGGCGCGCCUCCCCGCCGUCCGCUACGCCGACUUCGUCAGGUGCCGCCGCGCCGCCGCGGCGGCCGCGGCGUCGUGCGUCGUGUGCCUCGGCGCGCUCGAGGCGCGUCACCGGGUGCGCGAGCUCGGCAACUGCGCGCACGCGUUCCACAAGGCGUGCAUCGACAAGUGGGUCGACAAGGGCCAGGCCACCUGCCCGCUCUGCCGCGCCGCCCUCCUCCCCUCCGCCGACGACGCCGACGCCGCCGCCAUCGCCGCCACCACCAGGCACCACCUCCCCUCCUUCUGAUCCAUGUCGCCAAGAACCCAUCUUGCUUAGCACCCAACACCCCCUUCCACCCCAAGAGCAACAAGGGUUCCCUCCUCCUUUCUCCACCAAUGGAUCAAAUCCAAUCAAAAUGGAAGAACACACAACACAAGAGAAGAGAGAUAGAGAGAGAAAUCAAUGGAGGAAGAAGAUGAGAGGAGAGAGAGGGGGUGUGUGUGGUGGAGGAGUAUUAUUGGUAGGUGAGGCACUAAUUAUGAGGAGGACAAGGAUGGCUACCUGCACUGCAUUGGAUCUGGUGAAUUUCAGCCCUAGCUAGCUAUAGAUCCAACAUCUCCUCUCUUCCCUUCUCUUCUCUUCUCUUCACUUCACUUCACAUCAACUUUUUCUUUGCUUUUCUUUUUUCUACUUUACUUUCUUCUUUUGUUGCCUUCACCUCCUUUUUGAAAUUUUGCUUUCUUUCUCUUUAAUUUUUCUCCCUCUUUUUCCUUCUUUUUUUUGAGGGUUUCCUCUCCCCUUGUCAUUAACUUAAUUUGUAAGGGGGGAUUAAGAGAGAGAGAUGUGUACAUACCUGCCUCCACUUUGACAAAUAUUGGAAUAAUAAUUUAUAAUGAUGAUGAUGAUGAUGAUAAUAUAGUACUAUUAGUAGUU